UACAUAAUUUUCACUUGUCCAUAAUAUAACAACGUUAUACAAAGUGUAGAAUAUUUUAUUAAAUUUUAUUUUAAAGAACAUAUUACAAUGUGAGUGUAUUAUGCGAAAGUAAAAAUGCAGUUUUAAGUGUUUGCUAAAAUCUACGAAGGACUUAAAAGGCUUUUGAAAAUGGCAUUGAAAAACCGAGCACUGUUUGCUUGUGUGUGUCUCCUGGGAUUAAUAUAUUGCAGUAAAGGCCGAACUGCGAAACGUUCCGAUGUUUACAUUGCCGGUUUCUUCCCAUACGGCGAUGGAGUUGAGAAUUCCGAUACAGGCCGCGGUGUUAUGCCCAGUGUUAAAUUGGCACUUUCCCAUGUGAAUGAACAUCCCACAAUUUUAAUCAAUUAUCGGUUGCACAUGUGGUGGAACGACACGGAGUGCAAUGCCGCAGUUGGUGUUAAGUCCUUCUUCGAUAUGAUGCACUCAGGUCCCAAUAAGUUGAUGCUCUUCGGAGCUGCUUGUACACACGUAACAGAUCCUAUAGCUAAGGCCAGCAAGCAUUGGCAUCUCACACAAUUAUCGUACGCCGAUACUCAUCCCAUGUUUACGAAGGACGCAUUUCCCAAUUUCUUUCGUGUAGUGCCAUCGGAGAAUGCUUUUAAUGCGCCACGUCUGGCAUUACUUAAGGAAUUCAACUGGACGCGUGUCGGUACAUUGUAUCAAAAUGAACCACGCUAUUCCUUGCCACAUAACCAUAUGGUAGCCGAUCUAGACUCUAUGCAAUUGGAGGUGGUUGAGACACAAAGUUUUGUUAAUGACGUAAAUGAACCACUAAAGAAAUUACGCGAAAAGGAUGUACGCAUUAUUCUUGGAAAUUUUAAUGAGCAUUACGCUCGCAAAGUGUUUUGUGAAGCUUAUAGAUUGGAAAUGUACGGGCGUGCUUAUCAGUGGCUGAUUAUGGCUACCUAUUCAACGGAGUGGUGGAAUGCAACAAUCGAUACCGAGUGUACGGUGGAUGAGAUUGCAACCGCGCUUGAAGGCACCAUUCUGGUUGACUUGCUACCUCUGUCAACAAGUGGUGACAUAACCGUUGCCGGGAUUACUGCCGAUGAGUAUCUCUCGGAAUACGAUAGUUUGCGCGGCACCGAAUAUUCCCGCUUUCACGGUUAUACUUAUGAUGGAAUUUGGGCAGCUGCGUUGGCUAUUCAAUAUGUUGCGCAGAAGCGAGAAGAUUUUCUAACGCAUUUUGAUUAUCGUGUAAAAGAUUGGGAGCUUGUGUUUUUAGAAGCGCUGCGGAAUACUUCAUUCGAAGGAGUUACGGGUCCGGUACGAUUCUACAACAACGAGCGCAAGGCCAACAUUCUCAUUACACAAUUUCAAUUGGGUCAAGCAGAAAAGAUUGGUGAAUAUCACUCACAAUUAAGUCACUUGGAUUUAACUUUAGGAAAGCCUGUUAGAUGGGUGGGAAGAACUCCACCAAAGGACCGUACAUUAAUAUACAUUGAGCACAGCCAAGUGAACUUAACCAUUUACAUAGUAUCAGCGAGCGCUUCGGUGAUUGGCAUCAUAGUGGCCUGCGUUUUCUUAGCUUUUAAUAUAAAAUAUCGAAAUCAAAGAUAUAUAAAAAUGUCAAGUCCACAUCUCAAUAAUCUCAUAAUAAUUGGUUGUAUGCUCACUUAUAUGAGUGUUAUAUUUCUGGGCUUGGACACCACCUUGAGCAGUGUGGCUGCAUUUCCCUACAUAUGCACAGCACGCGCGUGGAUACUUAUGGCCGGCUUCAGUUUGGCGUUUGGUGCGAUGUUUUCGAAAACUUGGCGUGUGCACUCCAUAUUCACCGAUCUAAAGCUAAAUAAAAAAGUAAUUAAAGACUAUCAAUUGUUUAUGGUAGUGGGUAUAUUAUUGGCCAUUGAUAUUGCUAUUAUAACGACAUGGCAAGUAGCCGAUCCCUUCUAUCGUGACACUAAACAAUUAGAACCAAGGCAUCACGAGUCAAUGGACGAUGUUUUGGUUAUACCUGAAAAUGAAUACUGCCAAUCAGAGCAUAUGACGAUAUUUGUUAGUAUAAUAUAUGCGUAUAAAGGUCUCCUACUGGUAU